AAUUCCUUAUCUCAUCCCACAACCUCUCAGUAUAAAGCCCUCUCAUUCUCCUCGUCUGGUCGCGUGCCCUCCUACACCGACCCUGUCUCACUACGCACACAACCCAAUCUGCCUUGCUAGAAAGAGGCUUCAUCGGACAUACGUAAUCCGACUGGCUGUGCUAGACUUCUGCUGCCACAUCUGCUCUGCCACAUUUGCUCUGCCUACAAGGGACAUUGUUAGGCCCAGCUUCUUACACGUGGUGGGGGUGCCUGAUUAUUCCAGCUGCAGGCGGCCCUGGCGCAACUCUUCUUCCCGAGCCCGAGACUCCGGUUGUUGGGGCUGCGCAUCUCCUGAGCCUUCGGACUUAGACGGGGCUAGAGUCCCAACUUUUAUUACCCGUUUCAUUUAUCUUGCCACGAUUUCCCAACUACGUCAGCUUUUUCAUCGAUCAGCAAUCCUCAAGUAUUCUUCAUCAUGACUGCGACCGAGACGGACUUUGCUGGCGGCAGCCCCCAGGCCGAGCACCUAUGUGUCCUCGUCCACGGUCUCUGGGGCAAUCCUACCCACAUGCGCAACAUCGCAAAAUCGCUCCGGGAACAGUAUUCGACCGACGAUCUCUACCUCCUCCUCGCGAAGCAAAACAGCGGCAGCUUCACCUACGAUGGCAUCGAGCGCGGCGGCGAGCGCGUCUGCGCCGAGAUUGAACAGCAGCUGCGCGACAUUGAAAGCAGCGGCGGCAAGAUCAAGAAGCUGAGCAUCGUCGGAUACUCGCUCGGCGGACUGAUCUCGCGCUAUGCGAUCGGCUUGCUUGAUGCGAAAGGCAUCCUCGACACCGUUGAGUGCAUGAACUUUACCACGUUUGCCUCUCCACACCUCGGCGUCCGAACACCUCUUAAGGGGUGGCAUAAUCAUGUCUGGAACGUCAUGGGCGCUAGGACAUUGUCCAUGUCGGGCCGCCAGCUCUUCCUGAUUGACAAGUUUCGCGAUACCGACCGUCCUCUGCUCUCUGUGCUAGCCGAUCCCAAAUCCAUCUUCAUGUCGGGGUUGAGCAAGUUCAAGCGACGCUCGCUCUAUGCCAACAUCGUCAACGAUCGAAGCGCAGUCUACUACACGACGGGAAUCCAGAAAACAGACCCGUUUACGAAAAUUGACAAUGUCAAGGUCAACUUCCUCAAAGGCUACGAAGGCGUCAUCCUCGACUCCAAGAACCCUGUGGCACCACGCCCGAAGCUCCAAGGCCGUGCAUCCCUAUCUACGGUCACGGCGGCAGCGUUGAAGUGGGGGAGGCGCGUCCCCUUUAUGCUUACUGUGGCCGUUUUCGUCCCAAUUGGCGUUGUGGCCUUUCUCAUGAACUCUGUUAUCCAGACGGUCCGGAGCUCCAAACGGAUCAAGCUGCAUGAGACAGGAAAGGGAGGCCUAAACAUCGAGGACUAUCGGAUGUCUGUGUGGAUCAAGGAGAUGCGCGAAGAGGUUGAACAUGCCUACGAAGCUCUCAAUAACUUACAAAACCAGGAGUUUCUGGCGACCGAGGACGAGGACGAGGACGAAAGCCUUGAUGCUGAGGAUAGAAGCUUGCUCCGCAGGGAACGUAGACUCUCGACCCCCGCACAGCCCACGCUCGCCCUUGCGCCGUCCCAAUUCGAGAUGAUCCGGAACUUGGAUUCGGUGGGCUGGCGAAAGUACCCUGUCUGGAUCCAGAACAUUGGACACAGCCACGCGGCCAUGAUUGUGCGGUGGGAAAAGAAGGAGUUCGCCGAGGGGUUUGUGGUGCUGGGGCACUUCGCUAAAGAUGAAUUCUUGGUUUAGAGAAAUGGGGUCGAGAUCGAGUGUUGCUUUUGGGAAUGAUUUCUCCCGGUGUUGGCAUGAUUUAUGUGAGCGAUGCUUGUACGGUAUAGAAGGCGGGCGUUGGGUCUUAGGAAGCUUUAAGGUAGUAUCUCUGGAAUACAAUGCAUAUAAUUGAUCGGAAA